ACCCUUUUAGUCGUUCGCAAAUAUUGGAAGUUUGUAAAUGAUUCAAAGUGAGCCAUUUAUAGGGAAAAUGGUGAAUUUUCUAAGAAAUUGGCACUUAUUGCCGUCACUUGUGCUAAUUUUUUGUAUUUUAGUGAAACGCACAUAUAGUGCGAGUGAAUACUCAACAUUCAGUUCACGUGAAAAGUUGCCUAUCAAUCGAUCUUCAAUUAGUAAUGAUGAAAAUGCGGUUGUCAACACCAAUCUCGAAUUUAAUGCAUUUCAUUUUGACGCUAUUCACGAUGGAGAGAAACCUCAACUCAUCCCCUGUGACAAUGAUAACUGCACCAAGAUUAAUUCAUUUGAAAGAAUCUGCUUUAAAUGUGAUUCCAAAGAUGAUCCAAACUGUGCAAACGAAGUAAACGAUUCAAUGAGUCAAUUGUGUCCAUUUGCUGAUGAAGACUUGGGUUGCUUUCACAUGAUCAAUGAUUCAAAUGUCAUCCGUGGUUGCACCGUAGAGCUUGAAGAAUCCGAUAAGCAGAAGUGUCUGGCAAAUGACGACUCAUGCAAGUCAUGUUUUGAAACCGAGGGAUGUAAUCGACAACAGAGUUUUUCCAAAUGUUACGCAAUCGAUCAGUCGAUUGAAGUGCCGUUGCAUGUAUUCGAUAGAAAAAUGUGGCCAAAAAUCUGUGCAAAAUAUAACGACACGUGUUUUACUCUAUUACUUCAAAAUUAUACGGUGAUUCGAGGCUGUGUUGACGAAUACGCCGCUGAAAAUGGCCUACCGCCGAACUUCUUAGUGGAGAAUGAAGAGAACUAUCGAGAAUACGAAGUGUGCUCGACACCUUUGUGUAAUUACAAACCGCUGACCGCAUCGUUUUGCCUUGCCUGUAAUUCUGAUGAUGAUUCGGAAUGCAGAGAGAAAGCACGCAGUUCUAGGAUAUGCCCAUUACAAACAAAUCCAUCCGGCUGUUAUCACUUUGACAACGGGAGUUACGUGGAAAGAGGUUGCAUUACUGAGCUCAAAGGCGAUCAACGUAAGAACUGUGAAUCGAACAGUGAAACAUGUAAAACAUGUACCGGAUAUGAUUGUAACAAAAAAAUGGGAUUCAUAUCUUGUGUUACGCAAGAUACAACACAGAAUGUCAAUAUCAAUAGUACGUUAUGUAGGCGAUAUGGUAAUCGAUGUUAUAUUCAUGUGGUUAGAGAAAAUGUUCGGCGAGGCUGUUUGGAUGAUAUUGUUGGCGAACCAGAUACACAACUCGAUAUUGUAUCUGAUUGUAGAAAUAAUCAAGACAUAUGUCAAUCAUGUACAGGCAAUCUGUGCAACUCCCGACCUGUCUCAGAAGAAUACUGCUUCUCUUGUCAUUCACCAAGAGUAAUGAAUGACAAUUGUCAAUAUGCACCAUUACCUUAUAUGAAAUUAAAAUGUCCGUUGAGUUUAAGAAGGCUCGGUUGCUAUCUAUGGAAAGACAAUUUAUUUGUCGAACGUGGUUGCGUUUCCGAACUAGACCCUGAAAGUCGACAUUUGUGUCAAACUCCAAGCACAAACACUACCUGCAAAAUGUGCAAAGGUGACGGUUGCAAUGAAAAGACCUCCUUUCAAACUUGUAUCGAUAGCUCUUCCGAAACCGAUGAGAAUUGUUUAGACUGCAAAGGUGGAGUUAUCAAUAUGAAAACAAGUCAGUGUGCAAAUUAUUUGUCACAGUGCUACACGCACGUUAAAAAUGGAAUUGUUACACGAGGCUGCACAGAUUCAUUUGAAGACACACCUGAGAAUUGCGCAUCAGAUCCAGAGCACUGUCUUUUAUGUUCAAAAUUUCUAUGCAAUCAAGAAGCAGUCCAUCGUGAUAUCUGCAUGUCUUGUGACUCGGACACAAAUCCAAAUUGUCGAUUGACAUCAAACAUAACUGGUGAGUCAUUAUUUACCGAGAAUUCAUUAUCGAUCAUCAACAAAGGAUGCUUUCAUUUCGUUGACGAAAAAACUGAUCGUCAUAUAAGAGGUCACGUCAGUCAAUUGUCUAAUGAUGAGCUGAAGCAAUACAGUGGAAGAGACAGUGAAUUUCGAAUAUGCAAAGGAGCGAAUUGUAAUGUGAAUCCAUUUUUGCCCAAAUGCAUCGUCUGUGAUUCAACGGAGGAUUUGAACUGUGCCAUCAAUCCUGGCCCAUCGCACAUUCAAGUUUGCCCUAAAUAUGAAAGUGAAUGUUUCACGCUGAUUAACGAACAUAAUAUCAUUAGAGGUUGCCUGGAUGAUUCCGAUUUCGGUAAAAGUAUCAAAUUCGAAAUGGGAAUUCCACAUGGAAAGAGUGACGUUUGCUCAACAGCAACGGGCCCUGGAUGUAAUAAUGUAAAAUUGAACGCGCAAAAAUGCAUAGAAUGCUAUACAAUAACUGAUCCACGCUGUCGCACAAACCCGGAGCUAAUGGAAGAUAAAAUUUGCCAUAAAUUCCGAUCCACAAAACAUAGCGGCUGCUACUUGAGAAUUGAAGGCGAUGAAGUGAACAGAGGUUGUAUUCAAGAUCUUGAACCAGCAAAGACAACCGAGUGCCUAGACAAUUCAGAUACUUGUAAAAUUUGCACAGGGGCGAGAUGUAAUGCGAAAGCUAAAUUUCAAGAAUGCUAUGGUUGUAACGGCGAAAAUGAUCCGCAAUGUGCAAAUAAUGCUGAAUUAACGAACACCGAAAUGUGCAAAGACUAUCACAGCUCGUGUGCAAUUGGAAUCGACAGAAAAGGCUUUACUCACAGACGAUGCAUCGAUGAAUCAUCAAACUUCAACAAGGAAUUUCCAAACAACACAUUCACUUGUCAUGAAGACAAGUGCAAUGUUGAAAUAUUCCCAAAAGAUCGUUUAAAAUGUUAUCAGUGCAACGGCAACGAAGCAUGUAAUCUUGAUACUUCUAUGAAACCGGAACCAUGUCGCAUUUACACAGAAUAUGAUCAAUGUUUUACGUAUAUGGGUGAAGAUAAAGAAGUGUUUAGAGGAUGUUUGAGUGAUACAUCAAAAGAACGAAUUUUGUGUGAAAGAAAUAAUAAAAAUGAUAAAGGCACGUGUGUUAUAUGUCCAAACACUGGCUGUAACAAUCAACCAAAAGUAAGACAACCCAAAUUCGCUUGUGUGAAUUGUACUGGUUCAGAUGAAUGCGCAUUCGGCUAUAACGCAUCCAUGGCAGUUCCAUGCAAAAAGGAUGUCGAAUUAGGUGACGAGGAAAGUUGCUUCACUCGAUCGAUUAAUGGCACUGAACAAGUCGAACGCGGUUGUACUCUUGAUAUUGAUUCAAAAUUGAAUGAGGAGUAUAAAACAUGCUCAGAGCCUGUUUGUAAUAUUGGAAACGUUCGAUUCAGUUGGUGUUUGCGAUGUCAGAGUGGUAUCGAUGGAAAUUGCUCUGUGAUUCAAAGUCCAUUCGAAUACAUUCAGUAUUGUGACCAUUCGGUUUAUACUUACGAUAGAAGAGGAUGCUUCACAAGCCAUCAAAAUGGAAUCAUUAGUCGUGGAUGCACUGCCGAUUUAACCGAGGAAGAAUAUGAAAAAUGUCAUGGUGAUGACUCGUGCACCUUGUGCACCGAUGAUUAUUGUAAUAAAGAGGAAACUAGUGCCAGCAUAAAGGUGUCAGUGAGCUCAUUGUUGUGCUUAUUAGCCUUCUUCAGUACUUAUAUUCAGUGCAUGAAUUAAUUGUCGAAGCUUUUAAUAUUUUACGAAAAUGAAUGAAAUUCCCAUGAUAAGCUAUCUGUCUGCUACAACGAAAUCGUGUUUUUUUUUCAUUGUUCAAAAAGACAAAUUCGAUUAUUCCUUAUCAUGUUUGUUCAACGUGGAAUGAUUGAGGUAAUAAACCAAAUAUAGAUGAAUGAUGUUUUCUUUGAAAACGGUUAGACAUUAUCUCUGAAUUGAUAAUAGCAUAUUUUGGCGUUCAACCAAUAUUAUUGAUAUCAUAAUCUUUUGCCAUAUAAAGGAGUAUAGAAGGAUAUUCCAUACAUAACUAAGUCUAUUGUUAUUUUGCUACCGUUAUGUUUGGAUGGAUAAGUAAUUAUGUAAGUGUUUCCUCUAUUUUUUCUUUCGAUGAAGUUAUUCGACCACUGGCAUUUUAUUCAUAGACAAAUUUAAACCAUUAAACUUUAUAUGCGAAACAGAAGAAAAUAAAAUGACGUUAUUUAAGAGGUGGAA